AUGAAAGUGCUCACAGAACUCCACAACUUCCUCCUUUCGCCUUCCUUCUAUUGCCUUCUCUCCAUGCGUCGCAUUCUAAAUCGCGCGUUCGAGGAGAAAACGCUUUCCUCUCGCGAAAAAAAGCUCCUCGCAGAGGUUCGACGCCGCCUGGACGGGCAGCUGGAUCCCAACUGGCGCGCGAACUGGCUCACAUUCCAGCGCAUCACCGAACUCGAAAGCGACCGAACCAAUUCCAUCGAACUUCCACGUAGCUCCCUCGCUUUUCUCAUUCCCGCAGCGCUCUUUCCAAACCUCCGCGUUGUUCUCUGCUCCGCCGCCAAUGCAGGCGCCUUCCCGAACCCGUUCGUUCGCUACAAACCCAACAUCGUCAUCGUCGUCGACGCCAAUUUAGUUCCAAUUCGCCAGGCCGAAGUAAGCGAUCCCUUCUCGCUUUUCUUCAGUUCUUCAACUACAAAACGAAGGGAUCCGCGCUGCAGCAUCUCUAUUUCUUCUGCCACGAAGGCACAGAGCAGCAAAACUAUUUCGCAGAGCUCCAAGUCGACGCGAUCGCAUGAUUCAUUUGCAGACUUGGAAAACAAAGUCGCUUUCUUCCCUCUCUCGCUCUCUCCCAGGCCUUCCUUUUCCUCGCACUUCGCUUCUGCUUCGUCUACGCGCCAAUUCGCUUCGUCCACGCCCUCCAUUAUCGUCGAUUCCCGCGAAUUCAAAGCCUCUCUCCCGGCUGCGCUCUACGCCCACGGCUUCCAACUCAUCCCAGCCACGCUAACCAUCUGUGACUAUGUUCUGUCGCAGUCUAUCGGCGUGGAACGAAAAAGUUUCCCCGAUCUCGCGAAUUCGCUGGCGAGCGGCCGGUUGAAGAAGCAGAUGGAGCAGAUGAGUCGUGUGUACCAGUGUCCCGUGUUGCUCAUCGAAUCGGCGAAAACGCGCGGCGUUCGGGACAUUAAAGCGCGAUUGUCGGUUUUGGUCCGAAGCUUUCCGCGAAUGCGCAUUUUGUGGUCACAAAGCGAUAAUGAUUCGAGUUCGAUGUUCGAGAUGCUGAAGCGAGGGAAAAAGGAGCCGAGCUUGGAGCAAGCGAUGAUUCUCCCGGAAGGGGAUUAUUUGGUGGGAAGAAGAUACGAUGUGGAGCGAGUGGACAUUUUACUAACCUUCCCUGGAGUGACGGUGAAUAAUGUAUAUGGAAUAUUGAGGAGGAUAAAGAGAGUGCGGGAUAUUUGUUCGUGGACAAAGGAACAGAUGGAAGAGGUGAUGACGCCCGUGGAUGCAGAUACGCUUUACAAGUUCUUGCAUACUCCUUUUAGUUAG